AUGGUUCGCCAACUACAACGUAAACGACCUAAUGCUAAACUUUAUCGUUUCAAAUGUAUUCAUUGUUUGGUACUUUUUGCAGCUGGAUGUAUUUCAACAUUUACAGCUUUUUCAUUGACAUUAUAUGCAAGUUCGGAUAGUUUAGGUGCACUUAUACGUCAAAUUUUUUCACCUACUCCACAAGAACCUGAAAUUCAACAAACAUUUGAUGAAUUGACUGAACAUUAUCGACCAAGAGGGUUUCCUGGUAAACAAAGAUCAAUUAGUAUUGAUCAUAAUGUGAGAUAUAAUGAUUUUGAUUAUCGUAAACCUGAAACGUUAACUUAUAAAAGUGCAACAUACGAUAAUAUUGAAAUACUAUAUCGACUUCCACAAAAAUCUUCAAUAUCGGCUUUAUUACUUAUAUUUCAUAGUUGCAAAGAUAGAGCUCAUGAUUGGUUUCAUUCUUUCGAACGACAACGUAUUAUUGGUGCUGCUAUAGAACUUGGAUAUGCUUGUUUAGUAUUUCAAGCAACAGAUGAAAUUAGGCAAUGUUGGUCAAAUACUGCUGAUAUUUAUGAGAAUAAAGAUGUGCAAAUGGUAUCAAAAGGUCUUGAUGGUUUUUAUAAACAAUAUCCUAAAUUAGCAUCUUUACCACGUUUUACAUUUGGUUCAUCAAGUGGUGGAAUAUUUUCAAGUAUAUUUGUUAUUAAUCAACAUCAUCCAAUUCAGGGACAAAUUAUAUAUAUUUCAAUUAUUCUUCCAGAAGUAUUAUAUACUUACGUUAAAACAAACAAUUAUCCACCAACUGUUUGGAUACAUGUAUGUAAAAAGUAA